CUUAGUUUCCUAUUGGUGGCACUCACAGAAAACGGAAAAUGAAUCUAUCAAUAUUCUUCCCAUUACUCGUUGCUGUUUUUGCAGGUGGGUUAUGUUAAAAUUAUCUUGUCGGAAAACUGAGAAGAUUAGAGAAUCUCCUGUACUGGUUAAUUCCAGUGUAUAGCCUAUAUAGCGGCAAUAUAGCGUCCCAAUCCUGAAAACUCCUUAGCUCACAAAGAAACUUGUUAGUAAUUCACAAGUCGUCACCAUCAAAGAUUCAGAUACUCAUGUGUGAAAAACGCUUAGAACUAUAGACAGCAACCUUUAUUCUCAACCAACUGGGGAUUUCAAUUAGAGUAAUUGAAUGCAUGCUGUGAAUUGAGAUAUAUAUCUACCACUGAAAUGGAAUAAUUUGUGCAUCUUUUGCCUGGAAUCGAAGUAUUUUAUUAGUUUUCUUGCUGAAUUAAGCCGUUCAAGCCCAUCAUUCAUCAAGCAAUUGCUCUCAAGCUGUCAAUGUUUUAAAUGGUCAAGUGCAUGCCUGACAGAACAACUAUAAGCGUUCACAGCAUUCGUGUAUAUAGUUAAAUUAUGUGCAACGUACUGUAUACGUAUAGAGUCAAAUUAUAUAGAAGAUCCAUCUUACAGGUCUUGGUGAAGCACGCGUUCUCGAUGUCUGCCGCUUACCAGCUGACCUAGGUUCCUGUCGUGGCAGCCUCCCACGAUAUUACUACGAUGCUAAGGAGAAAAAAUGCAAGAAAUUUGCUUAUGGGGGCUGUCGUGGUAACACAAACAGGUUCUUGAAUGAGGGAGAGUGUAAAAAGGCCUGUGGUAAGUUUUAACUAUGUGUUUGCCUGCCUGCAGCCAGUUAAUUUACUAUUAAUAAUUCUGAAUUGAAUUAAAUGUAUAUCAUGCAUAACAAUGAGGUGUAUCCUUCUUCAAGGACAAUGAUUUUAUAUAGUUAUAACAGGAAAUGUAGGAGAUGAACUGCACAAAAGUCGUUAAACUGCAGGCGCCUCCAGUCUUGUAUGUGCUUUCGAAGAAAAGAAAUACAAUUUUAAAUCACUUUUAAAUCUGCUCAAAGAUCAGUCGAUUCAUGAGCAGAUGUGUUGGACUAAAAAUAUAGAGUUCUUAAUACGUGUACUGAAUAGCAAGAAUAUGGCUAUGCCUUUUAAGGUAAUUCCGCAGUUUUGCAUUGCGCACUUUUACUGCGCACAUCGUAUAACUUAUAAUUUCAUCCAUUAUACGUACCGUUUACUGAAAAAUCAUAAUUUUAUGACGAUUUUAUGUUACUUCAAAACAUCUUUGGUUACAUUCGUGCAAAGAAUUACGUUAAAAUCAAUGUUUUCAAAAAAGGCAUACAAACGUGUAGCUAGGGUUCCCUGUGUAUGUAGUAUAUUUAUUUACUUGUAUUUCACGUUUUGAUGCCACAAUUCCCUAAAAAGAUCGGUGACUCCCGUUUUUUAACUGAUAAUUUAUUUCUUUAAUGCAUUGUACACUUCAUAUCCGAAAUUGAAAGAAAAAUCAUUUCUGGAUCUUGAAAAAAAUCCUUUAUCAAAAUAUGAAAAGAAUGUAAAGAAAAAUAUGUAAAGAAAUGUGGAAAAGACAUUUAUGGAUCAGAAUUGUACACGUUAGUAGUUUCAUUUUGCUCAAAACAGAAUAUUUUUUCACAAAUGAUUACAAGAUAGAUUUACUAAAGCCAAAUCCUCGCUAAAAACGUCAAUAAAAUACCGGGCUGUUGUGCCGGAUUUUGCUUUUACUCGUAAUGAGCGUCAAGAUGGCGCCAUAUUGGGGUAAAGGUGGUAUAUUGUGAUUGUCAUAUCUUCUUAACAAGUUCGGUGACCCCGACUUUUUUUGUGCGAUUUUACUUUAAGUAUAUCAUAAACUCCAUCCCUGGGAAGUUUCAGCAAAUUCUCAUUUCGGGAACAAUUACUGCGGAAUUACCUUAAUUUAUCAUUUUGUGAUAACAGAAGUGUUAGACUACUACUACAAUGUUCCAAUACUGACAUGGAAAAUUUUCUCAACUCUGAUUGGCUACGAGCAGUGCAAUUUUCGAAAUACAGUGCCAACUAAAAAUGAAAUACAGUGCAAAAAUAAAAUACAGCGCAAAUUUCUUUAUUUUCUAAAUUUUCUUAAUUUUUUAUUUUUCAAAUUUCUUAAUUUUCUUAAUUUUUAAAUGUGACUUACGCACGUGACAGCAUAAUUUUUUCAUGUAUAAUAUUUUCAUAUUGAUAUUAAAGUAAUAGUAUGGUUUCUCGUGCAAUUUGAAAAAAAACAUACACUCGUGAGUUUUUCAAAGACUUCAAAUUGCACUCGUCCUUCGGAUUCGUGUAAUUCUGAUCGUCUUUGAAAAACUCACUCGUGCAUGUUUUUUUCCAAAUUGCACUCGAAACCAUACUAUUACCUAUAAAAAUAUUUAGUACUGGUAUGAUUGAUAUUUUAGAGUGUAAUAAGGUGUGUACUUUUGACUAUAAGCCAGUCUGUGGUUCAGAUAGUGUAACGUAUCCAAACAAGUGUGGGUUGGAGAUUGCCACUUGUAAAAGUGGUGGUGAAAUUAGUCUUGCUUAUGAAGGGGAAUGUCGUAAAAGUGGUAAGUAUUUUAAUACUUAACAAGCAAAGCAGCUAUAUAUAGCUUGCGCAGAAUAUAAUCGGCUAUUGUAGCCUCGUUCGUAGAUUUGCUAUACAAGUCUAUUCGUAUUAUUUGGCUGCAGGGAUAAGCUCAAAUUUCUUAAAGUGCGGAUUUUAAUAGCGUUAAGGGUUGCCCUACAUUCGUUUUAUCGCUCACUCGUUUUACUCCUUACCGGCAAUGCGAGACAAGUUACAAUGUUUUACGAUGCGAGUCGACCUGUAGUAAGUUUACCUCUUCGUAGUAAGUUUACCUCUUUACCUAUUUUCUUAUUCCUAACCGAUCUACAGAGAUGCCUGUGGGAGCGUGCAAGUGUGUGUGUUAAUGUGUAUGUUAGCCAAUCAGCGACAGAAACUAUUUGUACUUUACGUCAUGUUGUACGUCGUCAUAUUAGUAGUGAAUUAAAUUUUAAUAUCUGUAAGUGUAGCUAUAUAUUCACUGCAUGCAUGUAAUGUCCAUUAUCAAAUCGUUUACCUGGCAAUCAAUCUGACUGAACUAUAUAUAUGAUCAUAACAUUAUAACUAAAACCGGAAUACUGCAUGCAUGCAUGUAAACCAUUUGUUGAGGGUCCUGAAGGGGUAAAAUGGGAACUGGGAUUGAUCUAAUUUUAGACUGGGAAAAUGGGAUUUGGGUUGGUGGGACUGGGAUUUGGCCACUGGGAAUGGGAAAUGAAGUCCUCAAAAAUGGGAAUGGGAUUGAGGUAAUGUGAGUCGAUUCCCAAUUUUUCUACAUUUUAAGUGUUUUAAAAUACAAUUUUGAUCCGUUUUCGGUGUCUUUGGUCAAUUGGUCAUGAUUUUUGUUGUUAACUAUAUUAUUCACAGCACUACCUGGGAACAGGCAUACUCUGGCGCCCGGAAUUCUGGAUUUUCUGAUUAUGCGUGUCUCAGAAUGAUGCAAAUGCCAUUUCCGGGAUUCAAAUUUGAAAAUUGCCUUCGGCACAAGCCCCCCCCCCCACCCCCGCGAUAUUUCAUAAAGUGUCCACCUGACCACUUGCACACACGGUGGCUUAAAAGGUCUUAAAACUGUUUAUUCUACCGAUAAAUAAAGGGUUGUUUAUUGACUGGGAUUUCAAUCACUCGGACUGGGAUUUCUAAUGAAAAUCCUACUGGGACCGGGAUUUUGCCAAAAUUUCAAGUGGGAAAUGGGAUUGGGACCCCCCUUCAGGACCCUCUUUGUUGUACUUAUUUUGCACGAUUUUCAACCUUCACUUUCAGUGUUCAAGAGCAUUGCAGGCAUGAUCCAUUCAGGCGCAACUGAGAGAGGAAGGCGCGAAACGGGUAUUUAUUACACUUGCACUCUAAAUAAUUCUUUUUAUUUUAUCCCACUGGCCGCCUCCAGUCUUGGCUACCUUAAUUAUCAGUUUUUGAAAUCGGAAAGUAUAAUCAACCUCAUUCCAAUAAAACAAAACAAUGAGUGAUUCCACUUAUAGACUAAAUUUUGAUCAAGGCAAGAAGAACGAAAUCCAACACCACAGGUAGAAAGAGCGUCUUAGAAUGAGUAGAAGUGCUAAGAUUAGUUGCUAAAUGUUGUAAAAUGAAGAAUAUAAUAUAGCCCUGUGAAGUUCGCAAAUUUUGUAUACAGGAGGAUGCCAAAAAAUGAGCGCCCCGCCCCUUCUGAAACUAAAAUAGACAAAUAAAUAUCAAUUCUUAUUUUUUAUUCGGAUAAUGACAAGAAAAACACUUUGACUAAUUGAUCGAUCGAACAUAUCCUUAAUACUGUCCAUAGGCGUACGAGACAGGGGGGCAUGGAAAUUCGGGCAAAUGCUAGGAAAAAUCAAGAAAAUUCGGGCAGAUUUAUCAGAAAAUAUGUUAAAAUCAGGUUAUUUCAUUACAAUUCUCCAUAAAAAUUCGGGCAAACUUUCAACUGCCCUCUCAGAUUGAGAAAACAUCAGUCGCGUUUUCCUAUGAUACUGUCCUAAGCACACAAAAGUUAAUAGGCAAUAGGAUAUCCGCGGCUGUUGAUAACUUUUCGACAGCGCAUUGGCAUAUGGUAUUACUCUCUACAAGAUUAUGAAGGUAAUCGUCGCUGAGAUUCUCCCAUGUCUACUUCAAACACUCAAACAAUUGUUCCUCACUUCGGCUUGUACGUUUAUUCAGUUGCCUGUUAAGCUCUGCUCACAAAUUUUCCAAGGCGCUGUCGAAAAGUUAUCAACAGCCGCGGAUAUCCUAUUUCAUGCCUAUUAAUUAUUGUGUUCUUAGAUCAAGUCAGAGUGUUUUUCCCGCCAUUAUCUAAUAAAAAAUAAGAAUUAUGAUAUUUAUUUGUCUAUUUUAGUUUCGGUAAGGGGGGAGGCCCAUUUUUUUGGCAACCCCCUGUAUAUUUGUAUUACGCGCUGGAAAAAUAACUAUCAAUAUAUUUCGGUUCAGUCAAAAAAAUUUUUUCCCGCGCGUAUGCAAAUAAAUAAAAAAUUUGCGAACUUCACAGGCCUAUAUUUUCCUCAUUUUACAGAACAAUUCGCAACCAAACGUUGCAAUGUUACUCAUUUUAAGAUGUUCUUUCAUGCAGCUAUGGUAAUGGAUUUCGCUCUUCUUGUGUAGAUCAAAAUUUCCUCUAUAGCUAGAAUCAUCCAUUUACAGACAAAUCAGUCAUUUUGCCGAAAAGAUUUUUUCAGGGGGGUGUGACACCCACUCCUAGCGACGGCCCAGGUGGAGGCAUGUAAGAAUAGAAAGACAUUUCAUGUAGAACAGGGAAAGUGUGAGGAAAAUGUGAGACCAAGGGGAGGCCACAUAAUUUAGACACAAUCAGAUGGCCCGUUAUUUAUGCUCACUAUAAAUGUAAUCGCAUGUGCAUGCAACAGUGUAUACAACACAAUGAUAUCUGCCAUAUAGAGCGUCAUGGAACCAGAACACAGGAGUUAUACCACAAGGGAAGUGAGCUUUGUAUUCAUGCGGAUUUAUAUGAACAUGAAAGUCUUGAAGUGUACGUUUAACUUAUGAUUGCUCAGUAAUUAUAUAGUUAUAUGGAAAUUUAGAGUACAUUAAUUUAAGACUAUAAAUGAGCCUGCUCAAAUUUCAUUUUCGAGGCGGUAUUCUGGUGUGUCACGUAAAAAUACAAUGCACAUUCAAUUUGUGAAAGACUUUCCAAUCCAAUGCAUUUAUAUAUUAUUAAUAAAAUACAUUACUUUUUAAUCUAGAACAAAAAUGUGAUAAACCUUGUAUUAGGAUUUAUCUACCGGUCUGUGGUUCUGACGGUCAUACAUACCCUAACAGCUGUGUAAUGAAAGUGGAAGCUUGCCGCAAGAAUGAAGAUAUUUCAGUUGAACAUAAAGGAGAAUGCAGUAAGUUUGAAAUAAUUCAAACGCAGUCGAUAAAAAUGUUUUGCUUAAAUAUAGUGUGUUUCUUUAUCACCCGUGCGGGAUAUGUACAUUAAAUAGCAAACACAUCUUAAAGAUGUGUUUGCUAUUUAAUGUACAGUACAAGAAGGUCGUGAAAGGGGAGGGGGUCAAUAUGAUUUUCCCAACCAGAGUUUUCUCCACUGAAUCGUAGUCACCCGACCAUUUGAUUUUGACUUUGUAGAAGGUUUUAGAAGGUUCAGAUAAUAAGUCACUUUUAAAAAAGUUUAGUCGAUCAAACAAUGUUUAUAGCCUAUAGCCCCAGCUUGGUCGGCAGCUUGUUAAAAAGCUCGCGAAAUGUUAGAAGCCAAAACAAAAUAGUUUGUAGAAUUGUAGUAGAUUCGCUUCUUUAAACAAAGAGGAAUUGUUCAAAUUGUUGUGGAAGAAAGACUGCGACAGUCAAAAAGGUAACAUUCAGAACUACAGUAUCUUUGAUAGGUAUUUAUUAUAUUGUUACUUUAAUUUAAAUAUCGACAGAAUCGCAGUCACGCACCGCAGUUACCAGAUCCCAUUCCCAGCAGCACAAUAUUGCUGGUGUAAAUCCCAUUUUCAGGACUCGAAAUCAAUAUCCCAUUUUUUCAGUGAAACAACAUAGGCAAAUCUCAGGUCCCUGCAUUUACUAACAAACCUGAGAGCAUUUAGUUAUAACAAUGCUGUUUUUGUUCCAUUAAUAAAAGGAGAUUUUUUGUAUGUUACCGUAACACGCGCUCAAAACUAAUGCGUAUAUAAUAUAUCACUUGAAGUUAUGACUAAAUUCAAAAUUUUUAUUUUUCGAUACGUUUCUCAAUCGACAAACAAACUGAAAAACUAUGUUUAGUGUUUUAUCUGUAAAGUAAUGCUAAAAUGAAGAGAUUCUAGAUGAUACGCCAAAGAGAAAAUGAUGUCUGAAGUUCAGUAAGUUUUGCUUAUAUGCAUGGCUGUAAAUAUGGUGUCAAUUUUAAAGCAACAUUGAUAAUUGUAUUUUAAUUGACAAUUUUUAACUAUUAUUUUAUGUUUCUCAACCGGAAGAUGCAUUUAAAAAGGUAGCUAACUCUAUAAGCUAGAGAAUAAAGCUAAAAGAAAGUAAUUUUGAGAGGAACGCCAAAAAGAUUUUAGGUUUUGAGCACUUUUCAUUGCAAAUACGUGACAUUGAAAAAAAUUGCCUCUUAAAAAUAGUUAUACUUGUACUCUAACUAUACAGUAGAGAGGUCAGAUUUGACUUCCACUACCUCUGAGUCUGACUAGCUUAGUACGCAUCUGAUUGGUUAAUUUGAUAUAUCCAAACGCAUAUGAUUGGUUAAUAGUCUCUUAAUGGCAGCGGCAGUAGAAGUCAAAUCUGAACCUCUCUAAUAUUGACCACCCUAUACUGCGCACCAUACACUUCGUAGAAUAUUUUGGGGAAUGGGGGCGGGUAUUUCCGCCCCGCCCUUUUUCUCACCCUUGCCGCGCGACGUGUUAGCAAUUGCGCCAGGAAAAAAUUCCCAGAGUAUCAGUAAAAUGGAAGGUAUAGUGUAUAAAUUAUUCCAUGCAAAUUUCAUGACGCGCCGCACUUUAAUGGUUUUCAUAGUGGAGAAAAUCUAUCUAUAUGUGCCUCAACAAGCAGCAAAAUUGUGGAACACGCUGCCAUGCCUCUCUAGCCUAUUCACUAUAAGUAUUUUGAUUAGUAAAAUAUACAAAAACGUCGUUAUACAAAUAAAUCUUUUUUAUCUAGAAAAAAACUGUGAUAAGCCUUGCCUUAGGAUUUAUCAACCGGUAUGUGGUUCUGACGGUCAUACAUACCCUAACAGCUGUGUAAUGAAAGUGGAAGCUUGCCGCAAGAAUGAAGAUAUUUCAGUUGAACAUAAAGGAGAAUGCAGUAAGUUUGAAAUAAUUCAAACGCAGUCGAUAAAAAUGUUUUGCCUAAAUAUAGUGUGUUUCUUUAUCACCCGUGCGGGAUAAGAUGUGUUUGCUAUUUAACGUACAGUACAAGAAGGUCGUGAAAGGGGAGGGGGUCAAUAUGAUUUUCCCAACCAGAGUUUUCUCCACUGAAUCGUAGUCACCCGACCAUUUGAUUUUGACUUUGUAGAGGGUUUUAGAAGGUUCAGAUAAUAAGUCACUUUUAAAAAAGUGACAGCAAGUUUAGUCGAUCAAACAAUGUUUAUAGCCUAUAGCCCCAGCUUGGUCGGCAGCUUGUUAAAAAGCUCGCGAAAUGUUAGAAGCCAAAACAAAAUAGUUUGUAGAAUUGUAGCCGAGAUUCGCUUCUUUAAACAAAGAGGAAUUGUUCAAAUUGUUGUGGAAGAAAGACUGCGACAGUCAAAAAGGUCACAUUCAGAACUACAGUAUCAGGCUUUGAUAGGUAUUUAUUAUAUUCUUACUUUAAAUAUCGACAGAAUCGCAGUCACGCACCGCAGUUACCAGAUCCCCUUCCCAGCAGCACGAUAUUGCUGGUGUAAAUCCCAUUUUCAGGAGUCGAAAUCAAUAUCCCAUUUUUUCAGUGAAAAAACAUAGGCAAAUCUCAGGUCCCUGCAUUUACUAACAAACCUGAGAGCAUUUAGUUAUAACAAUGCUGUUUUUGUUCCAUUAAUAAAAGGAGAUUUUUUGUAUGUUACGUAACACGCGCUCAAAACUAAUGCGUAUAUAAUAUAUCACUUGAAGUUAUGACUAAAUUCAAAAUUUUUAUUUUUCGAUACGUUUCUCAAUCGGCAAACAAACUGAAAAAGUAUGUUUAGUGUUUUAUCUAUAAAGUAAUGCUAAAAUGAAGAGAUUUUAGAUGAUACGCCAAAGAGAAAAUGAUGUCUGAAGUUCAGUAAGUUUUGCUUAUAUGCAUGGCUGUAAAUAUGGCGUCAAUUUUAAAGCAACAUUGAUAAUUGUAUUUUAAUUGACAAUUUUUAACUAUUAUUUUAUGUUUCUCAACCGGAAGAUGCAUUUAAAAAGGUAGCUAACUCUAUAAGCUAGAGAAUAAAGCUAAAAGAAAGUAAUUUUGAGACGAAUGCCAAAAAGAUUUUAGGUUUUGAGCACUUUUCAUUGCAAAUACGUGACAUUGAAAAAAAAUUGCCUCUUAAAAAUAGUUAUACUUGUACUCUAACUAUACAGUAGAGAGGUCAGAUUUCACUUCCACUACCUCUGAGUCUGACUAGCUUAGUACGCAUCUGAUUGGUUAAUUUGAUAUAUCCAAACGCAUAUGAUUGGUUAAUAGUCUCUUAAUGGUAGCGGCAGUAGAAGUCAAAUCUGAACCUCUCUAAUAUUGACCACCCUAUACUGCGCAUCAUACACUUCGUACCAUAUUUUGGGGAAUGGGGGCGGGUAUUUCCGCCCCGCCCUUUUUCUCACCCUUGCCGCGCGACGUGUUAGCAAUUGCGCCAGGAAAAAAUUCCCAGAGUAUCAGUAAAAUGGAAGGUAUAGUGUAUAAAUUAUUCCAUGCAUGCAAAUUUCAUGACGCGCACUUUACUCUCUAGCCUAUUCACUAUUUUGAUUAGUAAAAUAUACAAAAACGUCGUUAUACAAAUAAACGGUCAUACAUACACUAACGUUUGUGUAAUGAAAGUGGAAGAAUGCCACAAGAAUGAAAUUAUUUCAGUUGAACAUGAAGGAGAAUGUGGUUGAACAUUGUUGUAUAGCUAGCGUGAACACCAAACGUGAUUGGGUGAUUUGCCGGUCACGUGGUUUUAGAUAAGUGCAAUGUAUCCCGCCAGGCAACAAGCGAACUGAAAAGUUGUUGCCGUCCAGACUGGCCACGUACAUAAAUAAACAAGAUGGCGGCACAACUCGCAAGUCUAUAAACUUCGAUUUUCAAAGUUUGUGUUAAAAUAAAUAAUGUAAAAGAGAAAAAAUACACAACAGGCAACAGGAUAUAUUCUUUUAAUUUUAAAUUCGUUUACACUAUUGGGUUUCUGUCAUGAAAUACAAUUGUUGUACGAAUGUUAUUGAUUUUUCUUUCGUAGCUACACAGGAUGUAUAAAAAUCGAGUCGUAUAGAAAUCAAGCUAUUGUUGUAAAGGCCGUUUUCCACUAGGCGGAAUUUUCCGCGCGUAGCGAAUGUUUGUCUUGUGAUUUCUCGGGUGGAACUAUAAUUAGAAAAGACAAAGAGAAAUUCCGCUCCAAGCGGAAAAUUCCGCCUAGUGGAAAACGGCCAUAAAGCCGGUUUUCCACUAGGCGGAAUUUUGCGCGCGGAGCGGAAUUUCUCUUUGUCUUUUCUAAUUAGUUCCACCCGAGAAAUCACAAGACAAAGAAAAAUUCUUCUCCGCGCGCAAAAUUCCGCCUAGUGGAAAACCAGCUUAAGCCGGUUUUCCAUUAGGCGGAAUUUUGCGCGCGGAGCGGAAUUUUUCUUUGUCUUGUGAUUUCUCGGGUGGAACUAAUUAGAAAAGACAAAGAGAAAUUCCGCUCCGCGCGGAAAAUUCCACCUAGUGGAAAUUGGCCUUAAAACUUAAAGCGCAAGAUUUUAUGCGUCUGGCCAGGAUUUAAAAUAGCUUCUAAUCGUAUGAAGGAGCAUAACUAUACAUAAACCGUAACUGACUAACCACAAAUUACUAAUUUGUGGUUAUAGUCAUAUCAUCAGUUCAAAUAAAACUUGUUCAACUGACCACAGAGCAACGAUCUUUCACUGUUUUACGCGUAUUUAAUUAAUCAGCACAUAAUUCAUAUGUUGAACGAAUGGCCCGACGAAACCAAGUUUUAUAAGUUGGUCAUGCACAAAAUUCUGUCACUUAUAUUCUUUUUUACGCACCUGUAGAUUCAGCAUAGUGCAAUAUGCAAUCAAAUUACACUUUUUAUAUAUCCUGAAAAACAAAACAUGCACUUAAUGUCUGUUCUCUCAGGAAAUAGCUAUUUUCGUUUCCCCCUGAAUCUCUAUUUUUCUCUUGGUACUACUUAUAAUUCAAUUGCAUUUCCGGCAUAUCACCUAUGCGGGUGAGCGAAUUUAAUACACAAGAGGGUGGCAAGGGGGUGUCGUGAAGGGAGUGGGUGUCGUGAUCGUGAGGGGGUCAAUCUGAUUUUCCCAACCACAGUCACUCGACCAACUACUGGAUGGAGAACACAAUGCGAUAUUACUGCAAGGUUAUUAUUAACGACGCCAAAAAUCACUUCACUCAAAUUAAAUCAUAGCUAUAUACAGUAAGCUUUAAAGCCAAGAUUGCUAGCCAUCAUCAACUCCCUGCAAGCAAUGGCAUGAAUAGCCAAGAUCUGUUUCUGACCAUCCCUAGCUGGCGCAAGAUAGAAUUUAUUAUCCGCUAUGUUUCAGGAUAGGCUUAAGUUUGAAUUUUCUUCUUGGAAGUUGUUAUUUGUCCAGUCAGGGAAUCCAACGAGCUUUGGCUAGUUGUCACUUGUCAGUGAAUUAAUUUAAUUAGUUCAUUAAAUGCUUUUGUGAAAUCGCUUGUAGUAAAAUUUACGUCUGUUUUGAAGUGCCCAUUCCCAAAGCGACAGAAAUUAAAUCUACUUCAAUAUCUUAAAUAUUUAGAUUAUUUAUAGCUUCACAAUACAAAUAACAAUGCCAGCAAGCUGACAGAACGAAGAAAUGAACCAAUCAAAUUAAUUGUAAAUUGAUGGACAAAUAACCAAAGUUCGUUGGUUUCCGUGACCGGACAAAUAAUCAAAUAAUUUUUGUACAACGAUAUGAUUUUGUUCACAUUUGUGCAUUCAUUUCGUCGUUGUGACACCUGCAGUACAGGACAGUGAAGUUUUUAAGCAAUGCAUGGCAGCCAUAUUUGCCAUCCUCAUCAAUGUAGUUCUUUGUUAACCGACUACUUUUGUGGGCAAUGAUAAUUCAACCUCGUACCCAGGGCCUGCCCGCCCGAUUAAUUCGCGGCUAGCCCUGGGUACGAGGUUGAUGAUAAUUUUCCCUAAAAACGGUUAUCUUUUCAUGUGACGCAAUCAAAGACGUGACUGCGUGACAUGAAAAUGUAACCCAACUAAUUGCAUGUCUAUUAAUCAUUUUGGCUUUACAUUGAACAGAUGCGAAAUUCGGCACGAAUUAACCCAUCCUUUCCCUCCCCCUAACCAACCCAGAUUCAACUAUGGGACAAACACUAUGAAGGUGAUGUUUUUGAUAUUUUCACCUUUUUUAUAAAACACGCAUAUUUCUUUCAUUUUUAUAUAGAUGAUGAAAAGCCACAGAAUAAGUAAGAUAAACAUUCAAGAAAAACAUCGCAAAUUAAUUUUGUUGGCAUAACUUACUAGCUUAUGUAGUUGUUGUACCUGUUUAUUAAAACAGAAAUUUACUUGCAUCAUUUUGUUUCUG